UCAAAUUUAAUGGCCGACAGUUGUGCAGACAGCGACGAAGAUUUUCAGCCUAACGGAGAUGAAAACUUUCUGGAUAAUGUACCGGGGAAAUCCCAAGUCAAACAGAUAAAUGUUAAUCCGAAAGAUUGGGACUAUGAGUGUGCUGUACUUCGAGUUGUUUCCUGCCUUUUGAUUCUCUGUAUUAUACUUUUCCAGACAUAUGUGGAUUACAAGGCAUUUCGGAUGCUGGAAUUCUCAGAAGAUGAUUAUGAUGAAUUACUUCCCCUUGGUUCUUCCUGCUCCCCAGACACUAUUUUUGUGUGGCCUUCUAAGGGACAUGGAGAUUUGUGGACAUGGGAACCUGCAGACAGAACACUUAAAGUCAAUACAACAUUAUUUAUUAGAUGACAUGCCAUUUAUUUUACAUGUAUUUUAGAUAUUUUGAUAUUUAUCAUAAAAUUUUUCAAGUAUAUUUUCAGAUCAUACUUGGCUGUGAGUUCAGUUGUUUUACACUGACAAUUUUUUUUAAAGAUUUAUUUAUUUUUAGUCUCAUGCAUUAGCAGGCCUCAAACUGGAGUCAUACAGUUACAUGUGUGUACAAUGUAUGUAUUCUGACAGAGAUAAUUUUUAGAAUUUUAUUAAUGCAUUACACUUGAUCUUAUUUUUACAUAAAAAGUCAAAGAGCAGGUGUUGCCACCAUGCUUCCAGUGUAGAAUUUUUUUUUAUAGCUAGGUUUAAGUUUGACCAAAGAGCCAAUUGAGGCUUUUGUUGGUGUAAAGAUUUCUUGCCUUAUUUUUCUGUACACUACAGCAGUAUAUGUAUUGGUGCCUGGAAACUUUUCCUUACUUGUUUAAAUGUUUAAUAUUGUACAAAAAAUGUACAUUUAAUAUGUAUUUAAGCAAUUGAUUUGUUGGUGCUGUUACAUACAAAGUCAAUAAAUUGUGUCCUUGAUAUAUGAAUUUGUAUUAUUCUAACUUUUAUUUAUACAGUAUGCAACAUGUUUGAUGUGAUAGUUUUAAAAUUUUGUAGAGUUGAACAUGUUAUGUAGAAAAUUCAGGCUUACUUUCUGGAAUUUUCAAAAUUGUUCAGUAUUUCUGUACAUUCCUUUUUUCAAAUGGAAUUAAAGUUGUAAAAUAUUUGUGAUACUGUGAUGUACUUGUUUGAAAUCACAUUUGAAAUUAUAGUCAAAAAAAUUGAUACCAGAAAAUGGUAUAAAUAUUCCAACAGCUUUUAAUGAAUUACUGCUCUUUUGCAGGGCAAAUUAGUAUGGUUUGGUGAACUUUUAGUUGUUAGAUGACAUUUAUAAACAAUUGAUGUUACGUCAUAUUUUACCAAACUACAGUAAAAUCUGUCUAAUCUGACACCUUUGUAAUCCAGUUUACAGUGAAUGCUGCCCCUUAUUUUGAUUCCCACUAUUUUCCAUGUUCUUUAUCCUGUGUAAUCUGACACCCUGUCUAUUCCGACUCCAAUUUUGUAUACCGGUGUAUGUCGGAAACUCCGAAUAGAAUGGUUUCACUGUAUAUCAGUUUACCCUGUAAAAGAGCAGUCCUAAGGUUAUUGUGAAACAGUCUAUUUUAAUGCAUUACUAAUUGUUCAGUCAAUAAAUGAAUUAAUGAAGAAAAA